CUGCCAAAUUCCUCCAAAUCAAUCACUUCUCCCUGAAAUUGCAAACCCUACCAGCUGCUAGAUCUACUUUCUUCUCAUGGUAUCAGAGCCUGGUUAAGGCUUCUGCAUACCUCCUCUUCCUUCACUGAUUUUACCCUUUACUUUCUGUCUUUCAUUUCGCCAUGGUUGGGAUUGAGUCAUCGGAUUCUGCUGAGAUGGAGGUUUCACCUCCGCCUCCUCCUUGUUAUGAAGAUCUUUACUCCAAUCCGUUCUACUUGGCUCAAAGUGACAACUCGUUCCUUUCGGUGAUCGAAUUCAAGUUGACAAAUGACAACUACCUCCUUUGGAGCGAGUCCAUGGAGGUUGCCCUUCGCACGAAAAACAAGAUGGGUUUCUUUCUGGGCAUGAUUCAGGUACCUUCUUUGAUAGAUCCAUCUUAUGGAACUUGGGAUCGUGUGAAUGGUACAGUAGUGUGCUGGAUUAGAAACUCUGUAUCAGAGGACAUCGUUCCUAGUCUUCGCAACAUUAGGAUUCUUCAGAAGCUUGGACUUACCGAAAUCCAAGUUUAGCCAAGGUGAUAUUAUAAGAAUUGCUAAUCUCCAGGAGAAGGUUGACUUAGCCAAACAAAGGAACCAAACUGUUAGACAAUAUUUUAGCAAUCUGAAGUUAGCGUGGGAUGAAUUGAAAACCUAUCAACCAAUUCCUUACCGUGAUUGUGCUCCUGGUACCUAUGCAACUGUCAUGAGUAUAGGUGUCAAAACAUAGCCCGACCCGAUUAACCCGCCCGAUCAACCCGACCCGCAACCCGACCGCAACCCGAAUUGACUAAAAGUCAACAACCUGUAACCCGCCCGACCCGCAACCCAACUAACCCGCAACCUGACUAACCCGCAACCCAAUUAACCCGAACCCGAUUGACCCGCAACCCGACUGACCUGCAACCCGAUUAACCCGAACCCGAUUGACCCGAACCCGACUAACCCGUAACGCGACCGACUCAACCCGAAUUUCAUCUAAUCCACUUGAAUAUUUAUAAAAAUAUACAAUACAUAGUUUUUCAAAAUAAAGUUUUUCAUGCUAAACUUAAGUAAAAUUAUUUUUUCAUUUCGUAUAAGAAAUUUUAAAAAUAUGA